AGUAAGCAGACAGACAACACCCCAAUGCUUGUCCACAACUGUUCAGUCAGUCAAUGUGUGUAUCAACAUGGCAGAGGUAACUUUGGGUCAGGAUCCCUUCUGCUGUUCAAUCUGUCUGGAUGUACUGAAGGAUCCAGUGACUACUGCCUGUGGACACAGUUACUGUAUGGGCUGUAUUAAGGGCUGCUGGGAUCAGGAAGAUCUGAAAGGUGUCUUCAGCUGUCCACUGUGCAUGGAAAGCUUCAUCCCAAGACCUGUUUUGAGGAAAAACAUCUUAUUGGUUGAAUUAAUGGAGAAACAGAAGAAGACAGGAUUAAAAUCUGCUCCUCCAGCUCUCUGUUAUGCUGGACCUAGAGAUGUGGAGUGUGAUUUCUGCACUAGGAGGAAACUCAAAGCUGUCAAGUCCUGCCUGGUGUGUCUGGCAUCUUACUGUGAGACUCACCUCCAGCCUCACUUUGAAUCCCCUGCCUUUCAGAAGCACAAGCUGGUCAAAGCCUCUACACAACUCCAGGAGAAGAUCUGCUCUCAUCAUGACAAACCACUGGAGGUUUACUGCCGUACCGAUCAGCAGUGUAUCUGCUUUUUGUGUACAAUGAAUGAACAUAAAGGCCAUGAUACAGCUGCAGCAGAAAGGACUGAGAAACAGAAACAGUUGGUAGAGAAUCAGCAGAAAUCCCAGCAGAGAAUCCAGCAGAAAGAGAAGGAGAUGCAGGAGCUGAGACAGGCUGUGGUCUCUCUGAAGCUCUCUGCACAGGUAGCGGUGGAGGACAGUGAGAGGAUUUUUACUGAGCUGAUCUGUUCCAUUGAAAGAAGGAACUCUGAGGUGAAGCAGCAGAUAACAGCCCAGGAAAAUGCUGAAGUGAGUCGGGCUAAAAGGCAGCUGGAGCAGCUGGAGCAGGAGAUAGCUGAGCUGAGGAGGAGAGAUGCUGAGCUGGAGCAGCUUUCACACACAGAGGAUCAUAUCCAUUUCUUCCAGAGUUUUCAGUCUCUCUGUGUCCCUCCUGGAUCUGAUUCCUUACCCAGCAUAUCUGUCAAUCCACACAUAUCUUUUCAUUUUGUGAAGAAUUUUGUAUCUGAGGUGACAGAACAACUAGAGGAUAUCUGCAAGAAGGAAAUUGCCAAACUAUCAUGGGAAGCACCUCCAUCUGACUACUUCAUGGAUGCCAUUCCACAUACUUCUUAUUACAAUUCCAACCAAUUGGCAGGGCGGAGACCCAGCCCUCGCUGGAUAACCCAACAACAAUAUUUUCAGAACAUGCAUGCGACCUUCAGCACUAUGAGGCCCAAUGUGUCUCACAUGGUGACCCCUCAUCGCAUGGCCGCCCAGGUUGCACCUGCUGUAACCCCAGUGUACAUGCCUCAGUACAAGUAUGCUGCAGGAGUGCGCAACCCUUCAUACAGUCAUACACUUCCCCAGGUUGUUAAGCAGCAGUCUGCUGUCCAUGUGCAGGACCAGGAGCCUCUGACUGCCUCCAAGCUGGCUGCUGUUCCUCCUCAGGAACAGAAGGAAAUGCUGGGUCAACGCCUCUACCCGCUCAUCCAGAACAUGCACCCCAGUCUGGCAGGAAAGAUCACCGGCAUGUUGCUGGAGAUUGACAACUCUGAGCUGCUCUACAUGCUGGAGUCUCCAGAGUGUCUCCGCUCCAAGGUGGAUGAAGCUGUGACUGUGCUGCAUGCUCACCAGGCCAAACAGGCAACAAAGAGACAAGAAAAACUAAAGAAAAGGAAAUAAUUUGAUUCAGCUGGGUCCAGAGAUCACCAGACAAAAAUGGAACAUGGUCCAAAUAAAACAGUCGGGGUAUAAUCACAACAGAGAAUGAAAUCACUAUGGCUGUCAAAUGAUACAUGAAUACAAUUGAGUUCAUCGCUGGAUUUGCUGUGAUAAAUUGCGAUUUAUCGCAAAUUCUGAAUUUGCUCAAAUUGAGCCAUAUUUUAAAACAAUUUAUACAAAAAGCAUGACAAAAAUAUUGACAUCUUGAUUUUUUUCCAAACUAAUGGUAAGUAGAAUCCAGGUAAACAGAUGAAGCACACUUUCUUUAACCGCAAUGUCAACCUGUUUUGACAUUACAGUGUUGUUUUUAGUUGAAUAUAUUGUGUAUUUUGGAUGUUUUCAGUGUAUUAUGAACGCUUUCAGACAAUACGAUUCAUCACAAUUAAAAAUAAUUUGUGCACAAAAAUGACAAAACAGUAAACUGAUGAACUCUGACAGCCCUAUAAAUGAUGGAAACCAUUCUUUUCUGGCACGUUAUUCCUUUUAAAUGUAUGAAUGCUUGGGAUAUUGAGAGUCUAUGGCAUUGUGAAAUGUACAGUGCCUUCAUAAAUAUAAGACUUAUUCCACAUUUUGUUGUGUUACAGCCUGAAUCCAUCUAUACACAACACCCCAUAGUGACAAAUUGAAAACAUGUUUUUAGACAUUUAUGCAAAUUAAUUGAAAAUUAAAAAUAGAAAUAUCUCAUUUAAAUAAGUAUUCACACCCCUGAGUCAAUACUUUGUACAAUAACCUUUGGCAGUGAUUACAGUUGAGAAUCUUUCUGGGUAAGGGGUGGCAGGUUGCCUAGCAGUUAGAGCGUUGGACUUGUAACCGAAAGGUUGCAAGAUUGAAUCCCCAAGCUGACAAGGUAAAAAUCUGUUGUUCUGCAUCUGAACAAGUCAGUUAACCCACUGUUCCCUGGUAGGCUGUCAUUGAAAAUAAGAUUUUGUUCUUAACUGACUUGCCUAGUUAAAUGAAGGUUUUAAAAAAGUCUCUAAGAGCAUUCCAGGUGCCACAUUUGCCUAUUAUUAUUUUGAAAACUCUUCAAGCUCGAUUGUUGAUCCUUGCUAAAUAAACUUUUUCAGGACUUACCAUAUAUUUUCAAGUAGAUUUUAAGCCACGAUUGUAGCUCGGCCAUUCAGGAACAAUCACUGUCUUCUUAGUAAGUAACUCCAGUGUAGAUUUAGCCUUGUGUUUUAAGGUGAAUUCAUCUUUCAGUGUUUUUAUUUAUUUAUUUUAUUUAACUUUUAUUUAACUAUGCAAGUCAGUUAAGAACAUAUUCUUAUUUACAACGACGACCUACCAAAAGGCAAAAGACCUCCUGCGGGGACUGGGGCUGGGUUUAAAAAAAUAAAAAAUAAAAAUAAAAUAACAUAUAAAUAUAGGACAAAACACAUAUCACAACAAGAGAGACAACACAACACUACAUAAAGAGAUACCUAAGACAACAACAUAGCAAGGCAGCAACACAUGACAACACAGCACGGUAGCAACACAACAUGACAAGAACAUGGUAGCAACACAACAUGGUAGCAGUACAAAACAUGGUACAAACAUUAUUGGGCACAGACAACAGCACAAAGGGCAAGAAGGUAGAGACAACAAUACAUCACGCAAAGCAGCCACAACUGUCAGUAAGAGUGUCCAUGAUUGAGUCUUUGAAUGAAGAGAUUGAGAUAAAACUGUCCAGUUUGAGUGUGUUGCAGCUCGUUCCAGUUGCUAGCUGCAGCGAACUGAAAAGACGAGCAACCCAGGGAUGUAUGUGCUUUGGGGACCUUUAACAGAAUGUGACUGGCAGAACGGGUGUUGCAUGUGGCUUAUGAGGGCUGCAGUAGAUAUCUCUGGUGUGUCUGGUGGAAAGCAGGCUGAACCAGGAUUGCCUCUAGGAUUUUGCCUGUGCUUAGCUCAAUAUAGUUUACUUUUUAUCCUGAAAAACUCCCCAGUCCUUAACGAUUACAAGCAUACCCAUAACAUGAUACAGCCACCACUAUGCUUGAAAAUAUGGAGAGUGGUAGUCAGUAAUGUGUUGUAUUAGAUUUGCCCAAAACUUUGUAUUCAGGACAAAAAGUUAAUUACUUUGCCACAUUUUUUUGCAAUAUGACAUUAGUGCCUUUUAGCAAACAUGAUGUAUGUUUUGGAAAAUGUUGUAUUCUUUACAGGCUUCCUUUUUGCUCUGUCAAUUAGGUUAGUAUUUUGGAGUAACUACAAUGUUGUUGAUUAAUGCUCAGUUUUCUCCUAUCACAGCCAUUAAACUCUGUAACUGUUUUAAAGUCACCAUUGGCCUCAUGGUGAAAUCCCUGAGCAGUUUCCUUCCUCUCCGGCAACUGACAUAGGAAGGACGCCUGUAUCGUUGUAGUGACGGGGUCUAUUGAUACACUAUCCAAAGUGUAAUUAAUAACUUCACCAUGCUGAAAGGGAUAUUCAGUGUCUUUUUAAAAAUGUUUUUUUUUACCCAUCUAUCAUUCUUUGUGAGGAAUUGGAAAACCUCCCUAGUCUUUGUGGUUGAAUCUGUUUGAAAUUCAAUGCUCGACUGAGGGACCUUACAGAUAAUUGUAUGUGUGUGGUACAGAGAUGAGGUAGCCUAGUGGUAAAAUGUGUCGGGCCAGCAACUGAAAUGUUGCUAGUUCAAAUCCCCAAGUUGACUAGGUGAAAUAUAUGUUGAUGUGCUCUUGAGCAAGGCACUUAGUCCUAGUUGCUUUGGAUAAGAGUGUCUGCUAAAAUGUGAAUGUUGUCAUUCGAAAGUCAUGUUGACCACUAUUAUUGCACAAAGAGUGAGUCCAUGCAACUUAUUUCAGCUUUUCAUUUUUAAUUAAUUUGUACAAAUUUUGAAAACAAAAUCCCACUUUGACAUUAAGGGGUAUUGUGUGUACAGUGGAGCUUCCGUUAAAAGUUAGUGGUAGAUCGUGGCAUUCUGUCAUUAAACCACGCUAUCAAGGUGGAGUUAGAACGCUGAUCUAUCGGUGGAGGUGUUAAUGGAGGUGUUUUCAGUCUGAGAGUCUCUCUUCUCUGGCACUAGAGUCCUGCAUCAGGCAAACAAAACUGUCAGUGGUCCUGGAGCAUUUAAAGCAUAUUGAAGCCUCUUAAUGAUGAGAUGAGCCGAUCUGUUAUCCAACAAUUAUCAUUAUUAUUAUUAACCCUCUAUUAUAAUUAUAUAAAAGGCCCUUAGAUAUUCUCACAGACCAGAUUUGUCCUAACGAAAAAUGCCUCUUAGAUAUUAAUUUAGAAUCCUCCAAUCCUCUAAAUUUAAUUAGACCUACAGUUUAUUGAUCUGCAGGUAUUUUCAUUUAGAAGCCGCCUCUUAAUGAGUUCCCGAGAGCCAUGUCAUACCAAUUAUUAUUGGAUUAUUUACCAUGGUAACCACUUGUUAGUAUUACAUUGAAAAUUAUAUGCGUUUGUAUAUUUUUUUUCAAAUUUAAUAAUAGAUUUAUUUGUACCACUGUAGAUGCUGUGUUUUUAUUUACAGUAGUGUAUUAAGUACUCAGAAAUGUAAAACUUUAAUCUCCAAACCUCAUACAACCGCAAAAUGUAGGACAAAGCAUUUAAUGUACAGUAUUUUUUCAUCAACAUCUUUAUUUUUUCGUUAAUAAAAUAUUGAUAAAAAUA